GGUGCCCCCCCCUCGGCACAGCUCCGCCUUCGGGGCCGCCCCAGGUGCCGGCGGGGGGGCGGCUCCCGCCACGCUUGCAACGGCCGCGGGACCGGCGCACGGCUCGGCUCGGCUCAGCUCUGCCCUUCCUCCUCCUCCUCCUCCUCCUUCUCCUCUGCUGCCGCCGCCCCAGAUGGCUUCAGUAACAGAUGCCAGAUACAGGCAGAAAGAUACUUCAGAUCAAAAUUUUGAUUACAUGUUCAAACUCCUGAUCAUUGGCAACAGCAGCGUGGGGAAAACAUCCUUCCUCUUCAGAUACGCCGAUGACACUUUUACGCCAGCCUUUGUUAGCACAGUAGGAAUUGACUUCAAAGUGAAAACAGUUUAUAGGAAUGACAAACGAGUGAAACUGCAGAUUUGGGAUACAGCUGGACAAGAAAGAUACAGGACCAUCACUACAGCCUACUACCGAGGAGCUAUGGGCUUCAUCCUCAUGUAUGAUAUCACCAGUGAAGACUCUUUCAAUGCAGUGCAGGACUGGGCCACACAAAUCAAGACUUACUCCUGGGACAACGCACAAGUGAUUCUUGUUGGAAACAAAUGCGACAUGGAGGAUGAAAGGAUUAUUCCUUUGGAGAAGGGGAAGCAUCUGGCUGAUCAGCUAGGUUUUGACUAUUUUGAAGCCAGUGCCAAAGAAAACAUCAACGUAAGGCAGGUGUUUGAGCGUCUCGUGGAUAUAAUUUGUGAAAAGAUGUCGGAGAGUAUAGAAUCAGACUCUUCCAGGGGCACUUCUGGAAGGAAUGUGCGGCUCACAGACAACCCACCCCCUUCGCAGCAGAACUGCUCAUGUUAGUGACAUGUCUUGCUGAGAAAUGUCCUUCUCCUUUCCUAACUAAAUUUUCUCUUUUCAUUUGUGGUGGUGCAUUAUCAUGUAAUCCAAAGGCAGAAGUCUCUGUUGUAGGAAACUGGUAUGUUUGUUUAAUGUGCUGGAGUGUUUAAUAUUAUGUAUUUCCUCAUCCGAUAAUUUAAAAAAAAAAAGAAUAAAUAUCGUAAGUGCACCUAGUGUUAAUGUGUGAGUUACGCUGAAGAAAAAGAAUUGUAUAAUGUUGCAAAUGUUAUUUCCACAGAGAAUGUUGCAUUUUUAAUGAUAAAGCCUACUAUUGCAGAAAGAGUUUUGUUCAAACAGCAGGAAACCUAAAUGGAGGGAAAAGGUCUAAAAGAAAAUGGGGAUAAAACCAUCUUCUCUUAUAAGGCAAGAAAUCACUGGUUUUAUUUUUAUAUUUUUAUUGUUUACAUUAUUAAAAACAACAAGCUAUCCCCAGAUAUUUUUGGAGUCGUGGCUGGUCUCCUCUAGACAUGGACCUUGUUUUUACUGUAUGAUGGAGCAGAACACCAUGUAUUUCCAUCUGACAGUUCAAGGUCCUUCAGAGUGCCAAGAGCAUGAGGGUUGUCACAGUUUGUGCCAAGCCUCUAAAUGGAGGAAUAUGACGUGGAGGAAUUGAAGUUGACAAGCAGGGAGGAAAAGUCCUUGCAGCCAUACCUGCCCUGCCCUGUGCUCUUGGCUCGUGUUGGGUGAAGGACCGACAGCCCUUCUGGGGGCUGCUCUGUCCUGCAGCCUUCUCCUCAGUCUCAGGUAACUGCUUGCGAGGCGCUGCCGGUGUUACUGGUCAGCACCUUGCUGUGCACAAGCAUUUGAACCACGAGAGCUAACUCUCCUGCAGCCUUUUCUGUUACUUGUCUAGGUUUGGAUGUACUCUGAGCAGCUACUCGAUGGCAGAUAUUUUGCAGGAUAAAGGAAGGAGGAUGUGGCUGCAGCAUGCUUGGUUGGAGGCACAUUCAGACAAGUAAGAACAGCACUAUCUCAGAAAAAUAUCAGGAAACAAAAUCUUGUUGCCAAUAUUAUUAGAUUUUUUUUUUUUUUGCAUUUUGUUGAUUUCUGUUUUUGUGCUAGAUGGGUGCAUGUGUGAGCAUGGAUUUUCAGGUUUCAGAUUCAACCGCAAGGUACAAUUAAAAAAAAAAAAAGUGUGUGUGUAGGGAGGGAAAGACGUGAUUAAUAAAACUUAAACUACAAAAGAAAAAUGUUAAAGAUAUCCUAUCAGUUAUGCUACAGACAUUUUAUUCCAUGAUUCUCUGAAGGGAUGCACAUUUUUAAUAUUCAAUACCUAAAAUAUUCACAUAUUUCCAACAUCUCUAAAAUUAUAAUUGUCUAUGUAUGUGUGUAGAACUCCGUAUACGUGUACUACCCACAUGCAGAGCUUGCAUUUCUCUAAAAUAUAUGGAGGAACUGCUUUUGCAAAUCUGUGAAAUUGUGUAGAGUGUAUGCCUUUGUUCAUGAUCACAAUCAUUUGCCCAUCCCAGCUCCAAACAGUGACUGCAAAUUGCAUCUUUGAGUGUAAAUUAGGUGGAUAUAGAAAGAUUUGCAGUCUUAAGGGUGAAAAUUAUGAAAAGUUUUUAUUAGGUCUAUGGACUCCUCUGACCAAGGAGAAUUUGUUAGAAACUGGAGUCCAGUAUCUGCCCACUGCACUGUGAUUUGCUGGAUCAUUGCACUAGUGAAUGCUUUUGUAAUUUUGUUCUGUCAUGUCUCAAAGCAUAAUAGUUCUAAGAAAAAAGCACGGUAUUCUGGAGAAAAAUAUAACUACAUCGAUGUAGUUUGAGCUCAUUGUACUCAAGGCUUGAUCCCUUUGCAACAGAGUUUGUUUGUAUUUGUUUGUUUGCUUUCAGAAAUCUCUACUGUGACAUUUUGGGUGUGUAUGAUCUAGUACUGAAAAUGCGAUUUGUGCAGUGCAAGGAAUGUGAUUAUUGUACCUAAUCUCCUGAAACUGCAAAAUAAAGAGAAAUGUCAUCA